AUGGAGUCUCUGAGCGACACCCUUUGGGAUGUCGUCAUUUGCGGCACUGGUCUGCAGCAGUCGCUGCUUGCCUUAGCCCUGUCACGAUCCAAAAAGAAGAUUCUUCAUAUUGACCCCAACGACUUUUAUGGUGGUUCCGAAGCUGCUUUUAGCCUGCAGGAUGCCGAGUCAUGGGUCAAGGGGCUCACCGGUGGCUUUAAUGGCUUCUUCAAGUCCGCCACGCUCGUGAAAUCCGAGGGUACAACUGGCCUGGGCCCAUCUCGAGCUUAUUAUCUGGCACUUGCACCCACUUUUAUCCAUUCACGAUCGGCACUGCUUUCCCAGCUGGUCUCAUCCCAGGCGUAUCGCCAGGUUGAGUUCCUUGCCGUUGGAUCGUUUUUCAUCUUCAAGCCUGCCCAGGAUCCUUGUUUUCGGCCUACUCUCACUCGCAUUCCAUCCACACGCGAGGACAUCUUUUCGUCGACGGCAGUGUCGACAAAGGCCAAGCGCAUGUUGAUGAAGUUUUUGAAGUUUGUCCUGGAUUACGAAGAAUCGCCCCAGCUGGAGCAAUGGCGGUCGCAUGCCGAUGCGCCCUUGACUGAGUUCUUAGGAGAGGUGUUCAAGAUGGACGCCGAGCUACAGACCUAUGUCCUCACCCUCACCCUCUCGCUGGACGGAAAUAUCAGCACCAAAGACGGGCUGGCUACCAUACGUCGUCAUCUUUCGUCCAUGGGUGUCUAUGGGCCAGGUUUUGCUGCUAUAUACCCCAAGUGGGGUGGUUUGUCAGAGAUUGCACAGGUCUCAUGCCGCGCUGGAGCUGUUGGUGGUGCGGUUUACAUGCUCGGUUCCAGCAUCAAGGAGAUCGAGACGGUCCAGGAAGACAAGCUUCUUCGGCUUAGUCUUAGCAGUGGUGACACCGUGAGGACCCGAUUGCUUGUCCGUGCUAAUGACAGUAGUGGCUUCGGACUUUCCAUCAGUAGGCUGGUUGCCGUGGUGGAUUCUCCUUUGACAUCUUUCUUUCAACCAACCGUUGAAGGUGCUCCCCGACCUGCUGUUGCAGUUGUCGCUUUCCCCACAGGUUCUCUCACGACUCCGGCCGGAGCUACAUAUCAAUACCCGGUAUAUCUGUCCGCUCAUUCCGGCGAGACGGGGGAAUGCCCUAAUGAUCAAAGUGUCCUCUACCUUACUACCCUUUCAACACCCGAUUCAAAUGAGAUUUUGCAGAAGGCUUUGGAUGCAUUCCUUAGCACUGAAGAGGCUCAAACUUCCCACAUCUUACUACGACUGCAAUAUGAACAGUCAGGCGGCUCCACAGAUUUGUGCGCUGAGAACUGUGUGAUAACUCUAUCCGGCACCCCUUUGUCUCUCGCUUUUGACGACUCUACUCUAGAUCCCGUGAAAGAAGCUUGGAAGCACGUCAUGGGCGAGGGAGCAGUGGAGUCAGAGUACAUGAACUUUCCUGAUAGAGAAGGGGAAGCGGAUGAAGAUGAAGCCAACGAAUAA